AUAUGGUGCUAAGUGUGGACCAAGUGAACCUCAUUGGGCAGGUGUUCGAAUCCUACGUUUUGGAGCAUCACAAAGAUGACAUCCUGAAUAUCUUAAAGGAGGACGACGACGAGGCGCAUUACCCGGUCGUCGUCGACGCCUUGACCCUGUUCGAGACCAACAUGGAAAUCGGGGAGUAUUUCAACGCGUUUCCCAGUGAGGUCCUACCCGUUUUUGAUAACGCGCUGCGCCGGGCGGCCGCUUCGGCCCUGCAGGCUGCUGCUGAGGCGCCUCGUCUCGGCGUGAAGCCGAACCUGCACGCCCGGAUUUCGGGUUUGCCUGUUUGCCCGGAGCUGACCCGAGAGCACAUUCCUAAAACCAGAGAUGUGGGUCACUUUUUAUCUGUUACUGGGACUGUCAUACGUACCAGUUUGGUGAAAGUGUUGGAGUUUGAACGGAGUUAUAUCUGCAAUAAGUGCAAGCACGUGUUUGUCGUUAAGGCUGACUUUGAACAGUACUAUGCUUUCUGUCGUCCAACAACCUGUCUUAAUGAAGAAGGCUGCAACUCAAACAAGUUCACUUGCCUCUCGGGAACAUCUUCUUCUCCUACCAGCUGCAGAGACUAUCAAGAAAUCAAAAUUCAGGAACAGGUUCAAAGGCUGUCUGUUGGAAGCAUCCCUCGCUGCAUGGUGGUUGUUCUGGAAGAUGACUUAGUGGACAGUUGCAAGUCUGGAGAUGACAUCACAGUGUAUGGAGUAGUAAUGCAGAGAUGGAAACCUUUCCACCAGGAUGCACGCUGUGACUUGGAGCUUGUUCUGAAAGCCAACUACGUUAAAGUAAACAAUGAGCAGCUAGCAGGGGUUAUAAUCGAUGAAGAAGUCCGCAAGGAAUUUGAAGACUUCUGGGAAAAGCAUAGGAACGAUCCCUUAGCAGGGAGGAAUGAAAUUUUGGCGAGCUUGUGUCCUCAAGUUUUUGGAUUGUACUUGGUGAAGUUAGCUGUAGCCAUGGUGCUUGCUGGUGGUGUACAGAGGACUGAUGCUACUGGAACUCGAAUAAGAGGUGAAUCACAUCUUUUGUUGGUUGGAGACCCGGGUACGGGGAAAUCUCAGUUUCUCAAGUAUGCAGUAAAGAUUACACCACGAUCUGUGCUUACCGCAGGAAUUGGAUCUACAAGUGCAGGUUUGACAGUGACUGCUGUGAAGGACUUUGGGGAGUGGAACUUGGAGGCUGGAGCCCUGGUGCUUGCAGAUGGAGGCCUUUGCUGUAUUGAUGAGUUCAACAGUAUCAAAGAACAUGACAGAACCAGUAUCCAUGAAGCAAUGGAGCAACAGACCAUCAGCGUAGCUAAGGCAGGCUUGGUAUGCAAGCUUAAUACAAGGACAACUAUAUUGGCAGCAACAAAUCCGAAAGGCCAUUAUGACCCUAAUGAAUCUGUCUCCGUCAACAUAGCUCUUGGCAGUCCUCUGCUCAGCAGAUUUGACCUGGUCUUAGUAUUGUUAGAUACAAAAAAUGAAGAAUGGGACCGCAUCAUUUCUUCUUUCAUCCUGGAAAAUAAAGGUUUUCCCAGCAAAUCAGAAAAGCUCUGGAGCAUGGAAAAAAUGAAAACCUACUUCUGCCUUAUAAAGAGUAUACAGCCAAAACUGUCUGAUGAGAGCAACGUGAUCCUUGUACGUUAUUACCAAAUGCAGCGUCAGAGCGACUGCAGAAAUGCCGCCCGAACUACCAUUCGCUUAUUAGAGAGUUUGAUACGCCUUGCAGAAGCUCAUGCUCGGUUGAUGUUUAGAGAUACUGUGACUUUGGAAGAUGCUAUAACUGUGGUAUCGGUGAUGGAAUCUUCUAUGCAGGGAGGUGCACUUCUUGGAGGCAUCAAUGCCCUGCACACCUCUUUUCCAGAAAAUCCAAUGGCACAGUACCGAACACAGUGUGAACUCAUACUGGAGCGACUGGAGCUGCAUAAUCUUCUGCACAAAGAGCUACAAAGACUUGACAGAUUGCAGAAGGAAGAUUCAUGCCAGAUACAGCCUGAAGAGACAAGUUUCAGUACUACUCCAAGAUCCUUGAACAAGGAUGCAUUUGGGCAACCAAAAGAAGUGUCUCAGACAGAACCUUCAAAUCAACAAGAGAGUAACUCCAAGCCACAGUCUUCUUUGGACAAAGGCAAUUGCGAAGGGGAUAUACAUCUAGAAUCCUUAUGCAACCUGACAUCUGAUAAUAACAGAAGUACAAAAUGCCUGAUUAAACAUAGUAAGAGAGUUGAGGAUGGUAGCUUAGCAUGGUUUGACAGCUUGGAAGAGAACAACAUCGAUGCUGAAGAAACUUUUCAGAAAAAGUUUCCAGUGCCCAAGAUAGCUCCAGAUAACUUGGCUUCAAAAACCCUGAGUAAAAAAUCCUGCUCUGAAGAAAGAAAUGCUUCAAUACCAAGCAAUGGAGAUGGAGCAAAAGAAUCACUAACAACUGUGAAUCUUCAUGCUCCUUUGGAACAGGACAAAGGUUCUAAGAUGAGCAGGAAAAGGACUGAAGAACAUGAAUAUUUUUCUUCAGAAGCAAGUAUUCAAGACCCAGCAUCUUCCAGGGCUAGUGUGCAGGACUCGGUUAUUAUGCAGCGAGUUUCUAAGAGCUGGCAGAGACUGCAUACAGAGAGAUCACGUGGAUUCUUUACAAGCACACAGGACCCUGAGGCAAAAGCCCGCCCUUCAGUGUUGUCUGCAUGUGGUCUUCUAGAUCUUUCAGGUGAUGUGGAUCCUGUGUUAGGGGAGGAAAAGAAUAGCAAAUCUGUGACAGCAGAAAAGGCAGUAAUUUCCAUGAGAAAACGAAAUACAGGCCAAGUAGUGCAGGAAGCAAAGGUAGUAAGUUCCUGUGAGCCAGAAAUCAUUGAUAGUGAAGGACCUCCAGCAGCUAAACUAGCUAAAUUUUCUUUCAGACCAAGGACAAAACUUGAUCAUUCCUCUGAGAAGAAAAAUGCAGAGUUCUCUCUUUUACAGAGUGAAACUAUUAUUAAGCCUGGAGAGCAGCUCCAAGGAGAGCAUCUGCUGGAAGAAUAUUGUCCCCCUGAGAAAUGCAAGACAAAGUCGACUUGCUUAGGAAAAAAUAAUUCAGGAAAGGGACCCACUGAUAAUACUGGGAAGGGAGGGCGACAGCCUGAGGCUUUAGGAAGAAAGGGACCCACUGAUAAUACUGGGAAAGGAGGGCAACAGUCUGAGGCUUUAGGAAAAGAGCUCAGAGGAAGUGCAAUGAUACACUCAGAUGUCAGUUUUAAUGCUGCGUCACUUCCAACCACUGAAAAGAAAAGGGAGGAGGAGGAGCAGGUUGGUGGCCCAAGCACAGAGAAGGUGUGCUCUAGCACGUUAGCCAAACUGUCCAGGUUCUCCUUUGCAUCACGUCCUGAGUCAAAAUCCGAAAAUCCACUUGCAGUUAAGGUUGACAGUAGCAACAAGGGAAGCCGUAGUCCAUUGCUGAAGGUGCGCGUGAGCAAUCCUAGCAAAAGGAAGAGUUUUGCAUUUGGAAGUGCCAGUAAUGCCACUGUGGUGACACGGAAAUCUCUCUUCUCAAUAGCAGAGCUAGAUGAUGCUACAUUAGAUUUUGAUUGGGACGAAGAGAUGAGGACAAAUCCGAGACCGUAACCUGUAUUUUCUCUGAAUUACAUAACAUGUAGUUCUUCUGAAUCUCUGUCCUUCUGUCAAUGGUAUCAACAGCAUCAGUAGUUUACAAAGCAUUUUAAAAUAAUCAUCCAGGACCUCUGUUUGUUUAAAUGAACAUACUUCCUUUAAAGGCUAUGUACUUUACAUCCACUAAGGAUUGUAUACACUGCAAGCCUGAUGUGGCUUUCAGUUCUCUAAAUUACUCCCAAGACUGCUUAUGUCAGCUGACUGUUUUGAUUGACCUGACCUGAUGUAACCCAAAGAAGACUCAUAUGUUUAUGUUCACAUAUCCAGAGUAUGGUGAGGCUUGCAGAAGAGCACAUCUAAUUGACUAUUAGCCUUGAUUUCAUGUAACAGUUAAAACUAUAGAUGAUUCAGACUGGCCUUCUAAGGGAUCGUGCCACUUCAGAAAAACGAUAUAGCUAAAUCUAUGUCAUUAUAUUUUGUUUCUCUAUACAUGCCUUUUCUCUUAGUGCAGCAAGCAAACCUGUGAUUUUUCAUCAUGCUGUUGUAAAUAUUCCCAUAUUGUCAAUAUCAUGAGAAUUUUGCUGCAUCUCCAAUUACUGUGUUCCUAAUCACACUGCUGAUGUUGAAGACCCAUGUGUCUAGGGCUUUUUGUUUCUGUUUUCUGAUUCUGAUUUUGAUUUUAAAUACACUGGUUCAGGUGCCUGUGUCUGUAUUCUGGUUGCAUAUCAAAUCCUAACUCUAUAGUAAAUAUGCAGUUCUUCACUGCGGAAAGAGAGAAGAAAUUUCAGGUGAUUGAACAGGAGUCGUCAGUAGCCAAAGUAACUUCAAUGCAGGCCUUUGGCGCUGGCAUUAAAGUUACCCUUAAAACUUGACAGCAUGGUGAAAAGUUCAUAUAGUGUUGCUUGGUUCUGGCUCAGAUAAUGUUUACGUGACUAUUUUAUUUAUGGUUAGUGUUUCACUAUACCUGAUAGGCAAUUCAUUUUUGGAGGUAUGCUACAUCCUUUGUCAUUCAUUUGUCCAAUGUGAAAUUAAUCUGCUAAUGCAUUACAUGUUUACAGAUAAUGGUAAGCCUUAAAUUUCCUUCAGUGACACUCGUCUGGUGUAUUCCUUCUGUAUCUGAAUUCUCCACAGAAUAUUCUUGUUAUUAACCUGCAAGGUAAACUGAGAAUGAAGCAGUUGCUUAAGGUGCAGUGAAUCCUUUGAGAGGCUUGCCACCACAGAGGAGGUCUGAAUCUCUCUUAAUUUGUUUGAAUUUAAAAGUAGCUCCCUUGAAAUCGGGUGAGUUAAAAUAGUGUAAAAUUUGAUGGAGUGAU